CGCCGGGGCGGGGCCGCUUCCGCGGGGCGGCUCCGCCAUGGCCGCGGGCCGCUCCCCGCCCACCUUCCUGCUGCUGGGGGCGGCGGGCGGCGGGAAGAGCCUCCUGGUGCGGCGGCUGCGGCAUAUCCGUGGGCACGGGGCACCGGGGAGCCGGGAGGGACGGGACGAGCCGGGCCGGCGGGGGCGGGCGGGGGCCGGGCGGAGCGCGCCCCCGGCCCGUUCCCGGAGCUGCCGUGUCCUUAACGAGGCACAGCUGAGCGCCGAGGAGCCCGCGGAGCUGGGCGAGCCCCCCGCCACGCUGCCCACGGUGGGCACCAACCUGACGGACCUGCGGCUGCCGCGGAGGGUGACCGUGCGGGAGCUGGGCGGCUGCAUGGGCCCCAUCUGGCCCAGCUACUACGGCGAGUGCAGCGCUCUCCUGUUCGUGGUGGAUGCCUCCAACCCCAGCCAGGUCUCCUCGUCCUGCAUCCAGCUGCUCUCGGUCCUCUCUGCAGCGCCGCUCGCCUCUGUGCCCGUCCUGGUGCUCUUCAACAAGAUUGACCUGCCCUGCUACAUGUCGCUGGUGGAGAUGAAGUCACUGUUCCGCAUGCAGGACAUCGUGUCCUGUGCCACGCAGCCCAUCACCAUGCUGGAGACCAGCGCCCGCGACGGCACCGGCCUGGCCGAGGUCCUGCAGUGGCUCCGGAGCGCCCUCAAAGAGCCCUGCUGACUCCAGCCCUGCAGCCCGGGACACUCCUGUCACACAAGGAGGUGGCCAAGGAGCAGCUGCCCUGCCCGGGACUGGGAGCAGAGCCCAGGACAGUGCCUUGGGCUGUUGAAGGACUGGAUCCCUGUGGGACGUGACAGUAAAACUCCCACCACACUGUCCAGGCUGGUGGCUGCCUUGUGCUCGGAAGGAAAUCCUAGGCUUUUAGGGAAGGGACAAGCAGAAGCCAGAGAGGCCAGAUUGUGCUGUCAGCUCCAGGCACAGGAGGGGUUCCUGCAGCAGGGUUGGAGGCUGCAGCAGCACCUGAGCUGAGCUAAGCACAGCAGGGCUAGGUAAGGCUGAGUUUAAGACUGAGUGCACAGCAGGCUCCUGCCAGCAGCUCUGGCCAUGUGAGCCUCAUGCCAGCCCAAGCACAGUGGGGUGACCCUGGGGAAGGACUGGGUGACCUGGUGGGUGUCAGGAGCUAGGGCAAGGCCAGUGACGGGGCUGCUUCAGUAGGCAUGUCUCACAAGCUGCAGCAAGUACCAGCCCACAGCUGCUCUCCAGCACUCACCUGGGCUCAGGCAAUUUCAGAAUGGGUCAAGCUGGAAGGGACCACUAUGGGUCCAAUCUCUGGUCAAGCAGGGUCAUCCCAGAGGACAUGGCACAGGAUUGCAUCCCGGCAGUUCUGGACUAUCUCCAGUGAGGAAGACACCACACCCUCUCUGGGCAAUCAGUUCCAGUGUGCUGACACUGGCACAGGGAAGUUCUAAUAGAGUAUCAUAGAAUAUUGGAGGGAACCCAUCAAGAUCAUAUUCAGGUGGAA